GGGGCGGUUGUCAUUUUACUCUCGACGCACCAUCUACAUAAGUCAUGACGGCCCAAAAGACUUUGAAACCCUUUCUUAUCGCCUUUGAUUUUGAUUGGACGUUGAUAGACGAAGAUAGCGAUCGAUACAUAUUUAGUACACUAUCCCCUCCACUUUUGAAAAAGUUGUAUGAGUUACAUGGAACUGUUCAAUGGACGGAUUUAAUGGCUCAACUCCAUGAAGAAAUGUUUUUGAGUGGUGUUUCGGCUCAAGAGGUUUUAGAGGCUUGGAGGGGUAUUCCAUUUAAUCCAGCAACGGCUAAAGCGAUAACAAAAGCAACUGCCCACGCCAAACUGAUUAUUCUCUCCGACUCGAACACGGUAGCCAUUAAGGAAAUCCUAGAGACGCACGCCCUAACACCCCAUUUCGACACCAUCAUCACCAACCCCGCCCAUUUCGACUCUACAGGAUGUCUCCUUGUUCAUCGCCUGAUUCCACCCACCACCCCACACUCUUGUCCAAAUGGAUGUGCAGUUAAUAUAUGCAAAGGACAAGCUUUGAUGGAGUAUAUACAUACCCACGGACCCUUUGACCACAUUAUUUACGUUGGAGACGGUCGAAAUGAUUUAUGCCCUGCUACAAAACUAUCCAGUACCGACUAUGUCCUCCCACGAACAGGUCACGCCCUCGCAUCCCUCCUCUCCCCCACAUCCCCCGUAACAUCUCCAGGCCUUCCAGACCCAGUCCGAUCUGUACCGGAUUCGGUUGUAAGGAAGGUGUGUGCACGUGUUGUGUUUUGGAAGGAUGGUGGGGAGUUGGAGAGGGUUUUGGAUGAGGUUUUGGGAGGGGUUCAGGAUGGGGUUUGAGUAAAGUGUUUAUUCCUGGUUGCGUAGAUGGGUGUAAUAUACCUGCGUGAUACAUAGACUUUGCGAUAUGAUAUUAAGUGUCCGUUCACCUUUGUGUGUCGAAAAGGUUUUACUGUUGUCCAACCGAUCCUUGUUAUUUCGGGUUUGUCUGAACAAGACACAGAGUGUUCGAAGAAG